AUGAUUCCGCUGGGAUCGUGUACAAUGAAACUUAACGCCAGCUCACAACUUAUUCCGAUCACCUGGGAGACGUUUAACGGUCUCCAUCCGUUCGCACCAGUUUCGCAAGCGGCUGGAUUCCAGAGAAUAUUCAGCGAUGUGGAACGAUGGCUGUGUGAGAUCACGGGAUACGACAAUUUCAGUCUGCAACCAAAUUCUGGUGCUAAUGGUGAAUACGCUGGUCUGCUUACCAUCCGAAAGUACCACAUCCACAACGGGCAAGAGCAGCGAAAUGUGUGCUUGAUUCCUACCUCGGCGCACGGCACCAACCCUGCUUCAGCUCACAUGGCGAACAUGAGGGUUGUUGUGGUGGAAUCGGACAAACACGGAAAUAUCAACUUCAAGGACCUUUCCGAAAAGGCGGCGCGAUACAAAGACGAGUUAGCCGCCAUUAUGGUCACCUACCCGUCCACACACGGUGUAUUCGAGUCGUCGAUUCGGGACGUGUGCGAUAAAGUGCAUGAACACGGUGGUCAAGUUUAUCUCGACGGAGCGAACAUGAACGCCCAGGUAACGAGACUUUCUUGC